AUGAUUGAGUAUGGAUGCAGUAAUGUAUCCUUGAAACCACAAUUACCUAGUUUGGAUGUGAAAAUUCCGUUAAAAUAUUCAACUAAUGAUAUUAAAGGAACUGUUGCAGAUGUUUUCAAUACGAAAAUAUCUCAUCAUGGACAGUUUCUUACUACUGAAAGUUUCAUCAAUAACAUCUCCAUUGAUAUUUUAAAUGACUUGAAAACCGUCACUUUAACUCCAUUAAGAACAUCUUUAGAUGUAAAAACUCAUAAAAUAGUGGUGAAUUUACCUAAUAAGAUUAUUCCCGGUUGUUAUUCUGUGAACUUAGUACACACAUCCGAUGAUCCUCAAAUCAUUUUUGAUUUCCUCGAUGAAAAAUACCUUUUCAUUACUUUAGUCAUAGAUUUGAAAGAUUUCUUGAAAGAAGAUUCCUUCAACUUAUCGAAAUUCAACCAAUGGGGUCAUAUCUCAGUACCGUACUCAUUCGAAUUGAGAUCUCAACCUUUCAAAUUCAAAUCUUUAGAUGUUCAUAAUUUUAUCAUAUCCUUAGAUGAUGGAGGAUUGUUACAUUUCAGAAGAUCAUCAACAUUAUCAGAUUUCGACAUUUAUAAUUUCGAUACGUAUUCAUUACUUGGAUGGUUUAAAGCUCGUCAAAAUGAGAGAGUUGUAGAUAUGAUCCAAGAUAAUAACCAAUUAAUUACUUUAACCAUCAACAAAGUUUUAAAAUUCUGGGAUUUAACUACCCACGAAUUGAAAUCUUCAUUAUCAUUAAUCAAUAAUAACUUUUUGAACCCCGGAAAUUACUUCCUCAAGUUAAACGAUGAUAUCAUUUUCCAUGCCACCAAUUCAUUUGAGUCCGAUCAUAAUGUAACUUUCUAUAAAUUGAACGAUGGGAAGUUGUCAACAUUUCAAAUAACAACUCCAUUGAAAAGAUGGUACGUUCAAAAUUUCAAAAUCUUCCAAUCGGAAAAUUCUUAUGAAAUGUAUGUAUUAUGGAAGUGUAACAUUUCUACCAUGGUGGUUCAUUAUACUUUAUCAUCAGAUUUCCAAACAAUUUCCAUUAAAUCUCAAGAUUUGACCGAAUCUUCAAGUGAAAAUUUGAAUUACUAUGAUGAGCUCAUCAUUUCAACUGCUAUCAAUACAGUAAGAGAAAAGCUUGAUUUACCAUUAAUUACUGAGAUCAAUGAAGGAAUAAUCAAUGAUACGGUCGAGAAAUUGGGUAAACCAGGAUUACUCAGUUCUAUUUGUGAAGAAUAUAAUGUGUUAAGUCAAGAAGGAAUCGAUGUCACAAUCUCCAAUGACGAAAUCAUCAUCUUACAAACCAAUGGAUUUGGUGUUCUUAGACCUUUAAGUUACUUUGAACAAUUUGUCACAUCUGAUAUUGCUGAAACUGAUAAGUUAUCUAUGAUCUUAUCCAAAUUAGAUAUCCAUUUAUCCACUAAGACCACCAACAAAGUCUAUGACACCUUCUCCAAAGCUCCAAGAGUCACCAACCAACUUUUAACACAAAUUUCUGAAAUGACAAACAUAAAGAUGUCCAUAGACGACAUCACUAAUACCUUAAAUCAAUAUCCCCAUGUGGUUGAAACUUUGGACAAUCUCAUAGGUAAAGUGAUUACUAGUGAGACUAAGGAGUUUUUAUCUUCUUUUGAUAAAGCCAUUGUUGGUCGUACUAUAAAAGACUUACAAAAACGUCAGAAAUUGGUUUUAACUAAGGUCCUUAUACUUCUUUCCCAUGUGGAUGCUGGAGAUUUGAGUAUAAAUUAUGGAGAAAAGAUUCAUAAUCUCUUCCGUAACUUUGCUAUUGUCGAAGCAGUUGAUAAUUUAGUGGUGAACUCAGCAUUUCCUGUUCAAACCUCAGUCAUUGAAAAAUACUAUUAUGUAUGUCAAGUCAUAAAUGACGAAAACUAUGUGAUUCAAAUGAUAGGUGGACUUUUAAGAACUGGUCAAUGGAAAUCGGUAUAUUCGAUUCUUGAUAGAGUCAAUAACAAAUACCUCGAAGGGGUCAUUUACUUAUUAAAUGAUGAAAUCAAAGGAUUGGAAUAUCUUGAUUUCGACAAUUAUAAGAAUAAUAACAUAGACUUUGAACAAUUAGGAUUACCUGAAUUCAUCGGAUUCACUGAUGAAGGAAGUUAUUACCAUUUCUUAUCACAAUUCAUUCGUAAGAAAUUUCCUCAAUCAGCUAUCGAAUUCCAAUUAAAGGCUAUUGAGUUCGGUAACGAAGACUAUGAAUCAUUGUUUCAAUUAUCUAUUGAAUCAUCAUUGGACUUAGAUCCUUUAAUCAAAGCUUUAAGUAAUUUAACCACAUCUCCACAAUUCAAGACCUUCUUAAAGAAGACGAUUUUGAAAUUGAUAGAAUUGAACAAAUUGAAUGAAAUCUUCAACCCAUUCUUUUUGGAUUAUUAUAAGCUCAUUGAUACCAUAUUAUGGGAAUUAGUAUCAUCAUCAGAUUCGAUCACAUCAAUAAAGUUCCAUGAGAUUAUUUAUUCAUGGAGAGUCAAUCAAGGAGAUCUUAGAGGUGCAGCAGAAGGACUAUAUUACUUCAUUAGUCAUUUCAAACAUGAUUUAUCUCCUCAAGAUUUGAAAUUGGUAUAUUUAAAGAUGAUAGAGUUUUAUCUUGUCAUUAUGAAUUGUCUUAAAUCUUUCCAACACGAUGACGAAAAAUGGUUAUUGAGUGGUAAGAUAGUCACUUUGAACGAUAUUUAUGGAGAAUAUAAUAAUUAUCUUAAGAAAUUGAAUCAAUUAUAA